AUGAAAGGUCUGGCGUACGCCAUGCUGGCGAAUGUCCCGCCGAUAUAUGGCAUCUACAUGGCCUUCUUUCCAGUCCCCAUCUACGUGCUCUUGGGCACCUCUCGACAUAUUUCCAUGGGAAGUUUCGCCGUGAUUACCCUGAUGGCGGGGAAGGUUGUGAUCAUGUAUCAGAGUCAAAUGCCGGGCAAAUCGGUACCUGAACAUAUGACUCCCAAUUCCUCGGCGUCGCUCCUGGAGGACAUUAGGGGUGACCCCACCGUCCAGGUUGCUUCCGUCGUCGCCCUUACCAUCCUGUUGUGGGCGUUGCAAAUGGGAAGCGUGGCGGUGUUUCUCUCCGAUAUCCUGGUGAGUGGGUUCACGACGGGGGCUGCCGUCCACGUGGCCACCUCCCAACUCAAACACGUCUUCGGUCUUGCGGUCCCCAGGCAUGAUGGACCCGGGAAAAUUCUCAGGACGUAUCGAGAUCUCAUCCCUAUGCUCGUGAAAUCGAACGUGGUAUCUCUUAUCAUUUCCGGGGUCAAUAUUUUCGUAUUGAUCGUCAACAACGACUACCUCAAGCCGUAUCUGGCAAAGAAAUGCAUAUUUCCCGUGCCGAUCGAAUUGAUCUGCGUGACGAUCGGGACCCUGCUAUCCUACACGACGGAGAUGAACAAAAACUACAACGUCAGCGUCGUCGGCUACCUUCCAAAUGGACUGCCAGCUGCGCAGGUGCCACCUGUCUGGUUAAUGCAGGACAUGAACUUCCUCAUCCAGUGCUUCAUAAUCGCCAUCGUCAGCUACGCCAUUUCCAUUUCUUUAGCCAAGCUCUUUGCCCGCAGGGGAGGCUACGAAAUCGCCCCUAAUCAGGAACUCCUCGCACAGGCUGUAUUGGCAGCGAUCAUCCUGGUGGCGCUGAGGGGGCUGUUCCGCCAGGUGUCAGAUCUUAGGAGAGCGUGGCAGGUGAACAAGUUGGAUGCGUUCGUCUGGCUCGCUACCUUCCUGUCGGCAGUCAUCAUUGACAUCGAUUUCGCCCUCGGCAUCGGCUUCGCCGCAUCCGUCUUUACUUUGAUCCUGCGGAACCAACGGCCCAAGGCCUACCUCCUAGGGCAUAUUCCCGAAACUGGCAUCUAUGUCGACAUUCGCCGAUACAGUCUCGCAAAGGAGGAGGAGGGGAUAAAGAUCCUGCGUUAUGAGGCAGGUCUCAACUUUGCAAACCGGGAGACAUUCAUGCAACUAGUCUUCCAGCUCACACACCUUGAACCUGCCAAAUGGAAGAAGAUCGUGGCGAAGUACCAGAAGAAUCUGGCUGCUCAACGUGGAAAGAAGGCUGAGAAGGUGAAGAAGGGGAAGAAAGGGAAGAAGGGGAACGCAGAGCUGGUGAUGCAGACGAACGGCAGCUCAGAGCCGUCGGCAACAGCAACGAUGGAGGAGAAAAUGGAACCUCAACUUCCUUUCCGGAAUCUCAUAUUCGAUAUGACGGGAGUGACUGCCGUGGAUGCCUCAGGCGUCAUCACCCUCACCCGCAUCUUCACCGACUACACCAGCAUUGGUGUCAACGUUUACUUCGUUGGAGCCACGGGGAAGCUCACUGAACUUCAGAAUGAUCUGGAAGGUGAACAGUUUUAG